GCACAACCUCCAAGAUCUCCCUUCCUAGAAGAUCACUGCCCCCAGCGGGCGGGCCAAUAAAGCAGGGCAGAGGAGAGGCGUGGAUGCAGGAUCUCGGGCCUAUUACCCAAGCUAGUGCUGCAGAGUGGAGUUGGGAGCCCCCCCCCCCCGCUCUGCCGAUUCCAGGGGGCUACGAAGCAUAUGCUAAUGUCCUACUGAGCGCGGAAGUAGGCGGGUUCUUCCCUUACUCCCUAACCACGCUGUUCAGGAUCGGAGCCGGAGGGGUUUGGAGGCUGAGGCCUUUAAGAAGACCCCAGAUCUAGAGGUUUCUGGGAGGAAGGCGGGGCCACGAUGCGCUAGACGCUCGAGCCCCUUCCUGGGUCUACCUGAAGGACUCCCAGGGCGGUAGAACCUAGACUAUUUUCGUCCAUCCAUAGGUCAAGGUCUUUUCUUCCCAGCAGCUCUGCUGCGCAAGGAUUCCAUCCCUUGGCCUCCUCCAUAUCUCCACCCGCAUGAUUCCUCCCCACACACCCCAUGUUCCGUUUUGUUCAGUUGUGAAUGCCGCGUCCUGUCCUGGUGACAGGAGAACAAAGUUGGUGAACAUAGCACCGAGUGUCCGAGUGUUCCAUGAGCCCCUGGGAGAGGGCGGGGGAGGGGGCGGAAGCCCGGGCUGCCUGCGGGCCCCAGGCGAUAGUACCCUAUCUGCCUCCGCAACGCCGUUGAACGCCGGCUCCGAGUUAUUUCUGGCCAGGCGGCAGAACUGAGGUCUGUUGCUGUAGAUUCAGGCAGGCUCUCGGGUCAACGCCUCUCCAGAACGAAGUAGGCCGCCAUCCUCUCGCCAUGGGCUCCCGGCCCCGUGGGGCGCUGAGCCUGCUGCUUCUGUUGCUAGCGUCUCCCAGCCGCCCAGCCUCUGGCUGCCCCGCGCCAUGCAGCUGCGCAGGGACGCUCGUGGACUGUGGGCGCCGCGGGCUGACCUGGGCGUCGCUGCCGGCUGCCUUCCCUCCGGACACCACGGAAUUGGUGCUGACCGGCAACAACCUGACGGCGCUGCCGCCCGGGCUUCUGGACGCGUUGCCUGCUCUGCGCGCAGCACACCUGGGCGCCAACCCCUGGCGCUGCGACUGCCGCCUAUUGCCGCUGCGCGCCUGGCUGGCCGGCCGCCCGGAGCGCGCGCCCUACCGCGACCUGCGCUGUGUCGCGCCCCCGGCGCUGCGCGGCCGCUUGCUGCCCUACGUGGCGGAGGAUGAGCUGCGGGCCGCGUGCGCACCCGGCCUACUCUGCUGGGGAGCUCUGGUGGCCCAGCUAGCGCUGCUGGUCCUCGGGCUGCUACACGCGCUGCUGCUGGCACUCCUACUGGGUCGCCUGCGGAGGCUGCGCGCGCGCGCGCGCGCACGCUCCAACCAAGAGUUCUCUCUCACAGCCCCGCUGGUGGCCGAGUCGGCCGGAGGUGGUGCAUCCUAAGAAAGGACAGGCGCUGAGCAACAAGGACCUGCAAACUUUACAGGUCCCUGCCAGAGGACCCUCGCCUUCACCUGGAUCUGCCUUGGCCUCUACCCUUGCCCAACCUCCCAGACCCAAGUUCUGCAAGCCUGAAUCAACAUGGUGCCAAACUGAUUCCAGUACUACCAGAGUGAAGCAACCUUGAGUCUUAAGAGCCUAGAGUGGUGGAACAGCCCAGUCUCCUGCCAGACUCGGCACUGAAUAAACCUUUCUCCUCAUUUGGCGGUUUCUGUACCACCCGACUUUGCCAAAUUCUAGAAAGGGCCUGAGGGAAUGUUGUUAAAAGGGACAUAAUCACUUCUUCACACACUGCCAAACUGGCCUAGGGCAAGCAGGAGUCAAUGGAUAAAACUCCCUCUACCCA